UUUACCACUUUCGGUAUUUAGCUGUUAUUUCAGUCUUGCGUGCUGUACUUACGUCACACAUCUAAUCAAUUAUCCGUCAUUAAUAAGAAGAUAUGAAAUCAACUACAUGUGUAUAACCAUAUCUCAGAUAUGCUCUGGUAGCCGGGCAACCUAAUAACAUCAGAUUUUUGCCGUGGAGUAGCAAAUCUCAAAGAUCUCACAAUGAUGGCCUGAUUGCCUCAACAAUGUCAUCUUCCCACCUCCAUGUCCGUCGAAAGAAGCACCAUCAUGCCACUUCCAAUGUUCCACCACAACCACCCCCCACUAUCCUACACGAUGGUGCACCAAAGAGUACGAAUCAUGGACGGCGAACUCAAGGUUGGAUCGUUGCACUGAUCAGUGUGGUCGUUGCCUGGAUGCUGCUAUCCACCCGAAUCCUACUACCUCCAAAAGAAGAAGAAGAGACGCCACUGGCGACGAGUGACUUUGCGUUGGACACGGAUACUCGUGAUAGGGGAACAUCAUCACCUUGCCAAAUGAAACCAACUCGGUUUCGAACCAACAAUCUGGUCAAUCCUCUGGCGUUGGAAGACGACCAGCCCGUGUUCUCGUGGGCGUUGGCGCUGCGCGACGACAGCUCUACUUCAUCAACAACAAGCCACUAUCAAUCUGCCUAUCGCAUCCGUUGCAUCCUACAACAAUCUCCUUCUUCCCAAGAAGAAAUAUUGUGGGACAGUGGAAAGAUCCAGAGCCAAGAGACGCUCCAGAUUGAAUUCGCGGGAAAGCCUCUGCAAUCGCUUCAACGAGUUCAGUGGCAAGUCCAAGUAUGGGAUCAACAUGAUCAAGAGUGUUCUACCAAUAAUGGACAAGAGCCAUGGCCUUUUUUCGAGACGGGAUUGCUCGACGAAGCAGCUUGGCAACAUGCUCCUUGGUUGGCUCGCUAUCCUCCCCACAUGGCAGCUAAAAGCACAAGAGCCAAUGCCCGUCUCUGCGAUAUGAUGGCCGAGACGCCAGAGAAUCAGGCUCCUCGGUUUCGGACCACACUACAAGGAAUUGAGGAGGAGUAUGCAGAGAUUCGAGCCUAUAUUGUGGGCUUGGGAUACUAUCAGCUCUACAUGAAUGGACAACGAGUCGGUGAUUCCCUCCUCGAUCCAGGUUGGACCACCUACUCCAAGCGAGUGUUUUACAGUGCCUAUAACGUCACGGCGCACUUUCGUCGUCAAUCAUCUGUUGUUAGUAUUGCCGUCGAGUUGGGAAAUGGGUGGUGGAAUCCCCUUCCGUUGAAUCUGUGGGACAAUCCCAAACUCAAUUUGCGCCGCAAUCUCGUACAAGGCUUUGACAACACGCAACCCAUCUUUCGAUUGCAACUCUUUGGAUGGACACGGGAUGGAAGAGUGAAAUCUCUUUUGGACGACGAUAACAACCACAUUCGUCCAUGGAGAGCCAGUGGGUCUCCCACUACCUUUAACAAUAUCUUUUUGGGCGAAGUGUACGAUGCUCGAUUGGAACACCUUUACGACGGUUGGACGACCUUGCAAUACCACAAUCAUCAUGUUUGGGAACGAGCCGUUGGGCUUCCAGCCCCACCCUUGUUGGGCAAGUUGCAAGCCCAACCGAUCCCACCUAUUCGACGACAACAAACCUUACAAACGGCUUUACUCUCGACCAGUCCAGGUCAGAACAACACCAAUGUACUGCUCCUAGAUACAGGAGUAAAUCACGCCGGGAGCUGUCGCAUUCAACUACUGCAAGGCUACCAAGAGUUGGCGGGACAGCAAAUUCAAUUGCUCUACGGAGAACUCCUGCACAAGAAUGGGACGAUCAAUGGAAGAACCUCUGUGGUUGGACAGCUCAAAAAACGCUCCGAAACCAAGUGUCAACCGGAUAUUGCGUAUCAGCAAGAUAUCAUUACGCUCGGUGACAAGCCUCUGGAUUGGACUCCUUCUUGGUCAUGGCAUGGCUUUCGCUAUAUCCAAGUGACAUUGCCAGCGGGCAUUCAUUAUUCAAAACAUUUCCAAGUGGAUUGUUUUACCAUGAGGACCGACGUGGACGUCAUUGUCUCCAAUUUCACCAGCAGUGAUCCUUGGCUGGACGAAUUGCGAACCUUGGUGCGCAAUACCUUUGAAUCCAAUUUAAUGAGUGUCGAGAGCGAUUGUCCCCAUCGAGAGAGAUUCCAAUACGGUGGCGACCAGCUGGGGGCGGGGGAGGCUGGAAUGUCCAUUUACGAUUGGUCCAGUUUUCUACGAAAACGGGUAUUGGAUUACAACGAUGCCCAGCGUCGAGACGACAACAACAAACUGGCAGGCUUUACGGAAACCGCGCCCUAUGUUGGCAUUGCCGACAAGGGUCUUGGCUUUGGAACUGGGCCGAUUGGAUGGCAGACGUUUCAGCCAGAAGCGUUGCUUUGGUUGUACAAGUACUAUGGGGAUAUCAAAACUUUGAGAGAGAGUUUUCCCCACACGAAAGCAUACAUUGAUUUGCUAGACAAUCACCAGACAGAUGGAAUUCAGAAUGGUUUGGGAGAUUGGAUGCCGGUUCAUGUGACCGAUGUCAAUUUUACUGGUUUGGGCUUUCAGAGAAUGUCAUAUUUGGCCUUUGCCAACAUUACCGAAAUCCUGGGCAUGUCGCCGGGCAUUGCUACUCGUUAUAGGAAGAAGGCAGCAAAUGUUGCAGAUCAAAUCAACAAAAGGUUCUUGCAAAAGGCUGGUAUUACAUUUGGCAGGAUUCUUAGCUUUCUGGGGUUUGGUGGAGCUGGAAUGACCGGGGUCUAUCGUGUUGAAACUGUGGGCCAGGGUGAAGCAAUUAAACGGACUGGUAAAGCCACGCAAACGGGCCAAGCAAUGGCCCUGUUCAAUGGUUUCGUUGAAUCCAACCAGGAUCUUAAAAGGCAUGUCCUGCUUCAACUUGAGAAGAACGUACGGGAAUCGUCCUAUAUCGAGAAAGCUUGCCAAUGCGACAACACAUCCUCCUUUGAGCCCGAAUGUUCCGAAGCACGUGGAGGGCCUGGCCCGCAUAUGACAGCAGGGCUCUUCGGAGUAAAGUGGUUCCUCAUGGCCUUGGCAGAUGGCGGGCUGAACGAUUUGGCUUAUGAUGUUGUGACCACCAAGUCCUAUCCUGGGCUUCGCUGGAUGACCAACAACCCCUUUUCGAACGCGACAACCAUUUGGGAGAGUUUCUUUUUCUCAGACGACACGUACUCUCACAAUCACCCCAUGUUUGGCUCCACGGAGGUCUGGCUUCUACAAUCUGUGGUAGGAAUCCAGCCCCAUCCUUCCGCUCGUGGCAUGAACCAUGUACUCAUACGGCCCAACCCACCCUCUCAACUGAAGCAUGCCUCCGCUUCCUUCGAAAGCCCAAGAGGCACAAUCUUCGUCUCCUGGAAAAGGGAUACGCAUGAGUCCUUCCAGCUUGAAGUAUCAAUUCCUCCCAACUGUCAUGCCACCGUCCAUGUUCCAGCGUCGGAGAGAGCAACGGUAACACAUAAUGGGAGAGAGGUUGCUGGUCGAUGGGUCCCUACUUUGGCGUCAUCCGAUCGUGGGUCGUUUGUUGUGGACCGAGUUGGCAACGGGCGUCAUGAAUUUGACUCUAGAAUUCGAGAGAGCGGAACAAGCUCGCAAUAACUUUAUGGGAGAAGCCCCAAGCUUGUCACCACGGUGGUUGUUCAAUGAUCUUGAAAACGCCUGCACGUUUGCGGAUUUUCUGCUGCCAAGGUGCGGACCAUACCGGUAUGUCUGUCCAUAGAUUUUGCCACCAAGGUGCGGAACCUAGAGUACAGAGUUUUUUGCCGCCGAGGUGUCGCCCACAGGCAGAGGUGCGAUUGUUUCCGAUGAGGUUUCGUACGAUUGUUUCCGAUGAGGCGCAGCCAGAGCUUUGCUGCCUACCGGUAGAGGUGCGGAUUCCAACAUUAGAAGUGCAGAUUUUUCUGUCGCUGAGGCCUUCUGAGGGCAAUGGCAGACAUGGUUGUUCAGUUGCUUAGCCUUGGAAAACUCAUACGUUUCAAAUGUACGUGUACCCGGUAACAGUGGCUAGAACAUGCAUCUCCGUGCAAUGAGAGGACGAAAGGGCCCGACCUCAAGGUUUACAAGCGGAAACAUAACUUGUCAAAAUCCUGCGUCGGCGACAGCAUAUCUCGUCCAUUCCAGGUUCCAAGAUCUGGUUACAGACCGAAUCGACUUUUCGAGACGUCAGAUCAGUGGCAGCCUACAGGUAUUGGAACGUCAGGGAGUGCAGCUUUUUUUUUUGAAGUCCGAGCACAGAGAGACGAACUGAAGAAGAAAAAAAGAAUACUAAAAUUCACUACCAUCCUGUACAGGUUCAAGAAGACUAUUCCUCGGGGAAACGUUGGUUGGUCUAUGCGCAGGUCUUCAAGGCUGCAGCAAAGUCCGUGAUGUAUCAAUCUACAAGUGUUUGCAUGGAUAUCCGUCUCAACAGGUCCUGACUAUUCCCAAGUUUCUUAUCUGAGAAAUUGUUCUGCCUCUGUACCGGUAGCGGGCAAGCAGAUUGCCUGCUCGUGUUUUUAAAGUUGCUGUGUCGUACAGCUUGUGUAACCUGAGGAUGCAUGCAUUAGUGCAGCCCCGAAACCCAAACGGUGAGUGAACUGUUUUUAAGCACAGUGGAGCGACACACACUCGAAUUCAAAUUUUCCAAGCACUUACCCGGCAACGCAAACCCUCCCGUGAACCCUGCAGUCAUCUCCACGAGCCACGUUGGGUCUUCGCAGUCAAUGAAACCCACCUGGAGAGAAAACGGUGUCACGGAAAGAAGGGGAAUCAUUUGCUUGCAACCCUCGAGGAGAUCUUGCGCCGUGUUGGUAAAGGCGACCCCCAGCAAUCCUGAAAUUCCAGCUUCGGCACCCAGGAUGAAGCCGAAACAAUUGUUCAAGACGGCAAUCUGUUCCGUAUCGGCUGGUCCUUGGCUGAAUAGAUAGGUAGGUGGGUAGGUAGCAAAAACGAAACAGUGAGGAAGACGACCCGGCAAUACACUCAUAGUAAUGUCUUAAAGAUAUACUUACGCC